UGUUAUGGUUAACUUUUGUUCCGUAAAUAUAAUUAAAUGGAUUUGUUAAAAUAGAUAGAUUUGCUUCUAUAUAUUUUUACAUUUAUAUAAAUGCAUGUACAAUAUUUUUACAUUUGAAUACACAAUAAUCAAAUGUAAAAACAGUUAUUUAACAAUAUAUUCUGGAGUAGUUACAUUUAUAGAGUGUUACAGUUACAACCGGCUGUUUGAUGGCAGCCAUGAUGCUGAUGUGGCCAACGGUGAAAAUGAGUGUGACACCCCUGUUCUAUGGUGGAGAACUCAAAAUACUUCCAUGUACUGCUUCUCAGCAGUUUUUUCCUUUCAUGAUUCGCUAGGUUUACCGAUAUAACAUGCUGUUAGUACACUUUUAGAACGCACUCCAUUAGGUGAACUACUUUUAAACGGUGUGUCGCAUUUACAGAUUGGAUAUUUUGCAUUUGAAAAGGUCAUUACAGUUUAAAUAUUUCAUGAUUCAACAAAAAGUACACAUCUUGACUAAAUAAUGUCAAAUAGUACGUUGCAUAUGGAGUGAUUCGAUUACUAUUUACUAUGGCUGUGAAACGAGUAAAAUUUUUAAUCAGGUUAAUCACAGGUUUCUGUGGAUUAAUCACAUACCUGCAAACUCAUGAGGGGUGAAAAAGGUGACAACGGGGGGGGGGGGGGGGGGUGCAGGUGACUUUUUGUUUUUGUCACCACACCACAUCCACGUUGUUUGAAGCCUCAAAGCUUUUAGAACCACAACUACAGUCAUUUUAUUGUUCUGACCACAAAUCUAAAUAAUGAUAAUAAACAGUUUAAGAACAAAAGGUUCUCCGCUCUGACUCAACCUUUAAUGAUAGUAAUAACAAAUAUACAUUGUCAUUAUAUAUAUUAUAUAUAUAUAUGGUUAAAGUCAUUCAUGAACCAACUUCCUUUUUUUUUGCCUGAACAGUCCUCAUGGACUUCUCCCUGAAUCUGUUCUGUCUCUACCCGUUUGUCACGAUACUCAUAUUAUAACUUCUAUACAUAUUACAUACCUGCCAUAAAUAUCAUGAUACCCGAUACCAGAAUUCAAUACACCAUACAAACAAUAUGGUACCAUAAUUACGAGACUGGUAUAUUUAUCUAUAAUAGUAAUAAAUAAAACAUCUGUAUGGUUCACUUUUUACCAACUUUUUCAACACUUAACAAAUUACAGUAAUAUGAGUAUUAAUACAGCCAGAUAUGAAUGAAACUACAUGGUUCCAUCAUAGCAUUGAUUAUACACUAUGAGGCCGUUAGUCUCUGACCAGAUGAUACACAGUUCAUCAGGAUGAGCAGCUGGAGAGUUACAGAACUUUACAGACUGAAACAUUUCACUUCUGGCAUCUUUUUAUUUUUUAAGCCGAAGUCUCUAAAGCUCCGCCUCUUCUCUCGCUGUGAGCUGCGCAGCGCAGUGUGCGCAGACAGCUCGACACGGAGCAGCGAGUGCGCUCUGAUCGCUCUCUUAAUGAAGUAUUGAUACUAAAAAUAUGCUAAAUCACAUCGUGUUUAACGUACGGGUACUUUGUUAGCAUCGCUACACCGUGCAGCGUGACAGGAGUAGAUGUAGCGGGCUAACAUUCAAGCUAACCUGAACCCCCAAAUGCUGUGGACAUCUGAACGCUGAUUGGCCGAGACGCGACACGUCCCAUCAAAGAUGUUUUAUUGCGAAGAGCAACACUUCACACUUUUCUCCGCGUCUCACUGCAAUCUCAACGGCAGCGGGCCAGGUGACCCCCCCCCAAAAAAACAAAAACUCUUCGGAUCUCCACGAUUCACGUGGAUGACCUAUUUUGAGUUCAAAACGGUGAAUUUCACCGAAAGGUGACAAGUUUGCAGCUGGUUGUGUUUCUGCAGGACCAAGUUAAUGAUGUCACAGAUGACAGAGAUUUUCCUUUGAGAGAAACCCCACUGGAGGAACUGCUGCUUGAUGGGUCAAGCACUGUGGAGGCUGCCUCCUAGACAACAGCAGCAGCUUCAGGAAGAGCUUGCAGACCGACUAGCUGACCGAGGAGGAGGAAGACGACAAGAGCAAGGGAGAGAUGAAGGUCCCCAGAAAAGAGCUCCUCCGCCAUGCUAUGGCCCCGACAUCUAUCAUCUGCUGAGAACACGCAUGGGAGGUAAGGAACACCAUGGCUUUAUAGAUUUAGAGAUGUUGCCACACGAAUUAGGCGUCACCAUCCUGUCGUACCUGAAUGCCACUGACCUGUGCCUGGCUGGCUGUGUGUGGCAGGACCUGGGACACGACGAAUAUCUAUGGCAGGGGCUGUGUAAGUCCACAUGGGGACACUGCUCCAUCUACAACAGAAGGCUACCUGCUGGUUUCUCAUACAGAAGACUCUAUUUACAACUAGAUGAAGGCUGCCUGACAUUCAAUGCUAACGCACAGGAGGGCAUCAGUUAUUUCAUGUCUAAAGGUAUAAUGAUGGAUCAUCCAAAAGAGCUGGCUAAGUUCAUUUUCUACACCAGACGGCUCCACUGGAAGAUGCUGAGGGUUUACUUGGAUGAGAGGAGGGACGUCCUGGACGAGUUGGUGACCCUCCAUAAUUUUAGUAACCAGUUCCUCCCCAAUGCUCUGCGGGACUUCUUCAGACACAUUCACGCACCAGAGGAGAGAGGAGAGUAUCUAGAGACCCUCAUCACCAAGUUCAGCCACAGGUUUUGUACCUGUAACCCUGGCCUUGUCCGAGAUCUGAGCCUCAGUCCUGAUGCGGUCUAUGUGUUGUGCUACAGUCUGAUCCUGCUCUCCAUCGACCUGACAAGCCCCCAUGUCAAAAACAAAAUGUCAAAGAGGGAGUUUAUCAGGAACACUCGGCGAGCGGCACAUAAUGUCUCGGAUGACUUUGUAGGCCACCUCUAUGACAAUAUUUACCUGAUUGGCCACGUGGCCGCGUAGCUCUACCUACCAGAUGUCCAGUCGAGAUCCUUUACACUGCACUGAAGAAUAGGACCCGGUGAUUGGGAUGCUAUCCAUAAAAAGUAUGGAACAUUGUGGGAAUUGAUUUUAACAAUUUUCAUGACGACCAAUAAGUCUUACGAGAAAGGCAAGACCAAUGCACCACUGCACUGUGAGAGAGACAGCGCUACCAUUUAUUAGUAACGUUUUUCAUUUGAAUCGAAGGUGUGAAACAUCUGGAAUGUCUUUCAAACCGUACCACUGCAAAGAAGGUUUUUAAAGUGGAACCAUGAAGAUGGGCUCUGAUACUGAGCUGAAGGAUGGUGACUACUGAUUGGUGGAGGGAGGAUGAGGAGCACAGCCCUUAUAGCCUGUCACAGAUCCCGGGACAGUCCUGCUGUUUUCCUAAUGGACAGUCGCUUCACGUUCACCAGUGGGAAAAGUGUCACACAGGAUGCUAAUACCACUCACUAAUAUCUCUAGUAGCAUUUACCAGUGGAAGUAACAUUGGAGCUGCAAACCAAAUGACCAUGAGUGGGAACAACCAGAAUGUCUAAGUGUCAAGAUUCAACUGGAUCUGGUUUUCUGUGGCUCACACUAAAUGUGUUUUUGUUUUGUUUUGAACAAGACAACUGCGCUUUCAUGCAAGCACGGUCUUAUUCCUAUCCUUAAUCUUACUUUUUUCCUUUUGAUGUCUGCUUGUAUAUGUUUCACGUCAUCAAACUGCACAAAGACUUUACACUUUUUUUGUCUCCAAGCACUAUGCACGUUAGAUAAUUGUUCAGCUCAGCAGUACCAGCAUACAAUGACAGACCACAGGACACACUCGGGUCUAUUCAGCGAGGCCUGUUGUUUAUUGCAUGGCUGCAGGGAUCAGGCUUUAUCCGAAGCCAUCUACAGCACAGUGCUGUGGACCUGCAGCUUAUGGUUAAGCUCUGCAAGGUUGGGUGUUGGUAGACCAAUUAUCCUGGCGCGGUUUUGGGUAUGUGUGCGAGUUCAUUUGAUUCUAUUUAAUUUCUGUCAUGUUAAAACUCCACAUUCAGAUGAAGACAUUUAUGAUUCUUAAGUCAGAUGAGCAUUUUCUUCCGCUCUUAAGUAACACUAUCUGGCCAUGGUUCAAAGGACGGGUCCAUUUCUGAAUUUUGAGGAGAAACUCCCAAGUAUGAGACAUUUUUAAUUAUUUAACAUUCAAAUCUUUAAAAAAUAAUUAAUUAAAAUGGAUGUUUUUUUAUAAUAAAUCUGAUCUUCGCACAUGCAGACCAAAAGCAAAGUGACAAACACAUGUAGUAUUUUCAGUGUAGUGGGAACCGACUAGCUAAGUGUGAGCUUUUGUUCAUAUUAUGAUUGAAAUUGAAUGUAUGAAAGUGGUUACUCCCCGCUUUGCUUUUAGAGGUGACAUGCUUCUUGUGCAGCAGAUCACAGCAGCUGCUUUAUGAGGGUGGUAGAUACUGUAGUCUUCGGGAAGUCAGGAUAUGUGAUGGACCCGGCUCUAAUUCUGGCAUCAUGAUCAAGGAAAUGGAUGAAGUCAAGUGGAGAGAAAGACAAAGUUAAGUGAAGUAAAUCAUUCUUAUGCUUGAAUUGUCACAGAAGGACACUACAUCUGGCUGAAGUUUGUGCAGGAAAUCGUAUGAGGUUCAUGAAGUUCUUGUGUUUUCAGAAUAAUCCUGCUAUAAUUUAACUUUUUUGCACAAUACAUGCAUAUUUAUCCCCCAAUUACCACAUCUUUCCACAGCGAUACAGCUAUUGCUGCCAUGACAUAAUGGCACAAUCCAUCAUUGUAAUUUAGACAAGUAGUUUUCUAAUGACUGUAACACACCACAACCACUUGCUGUCAAAAGAAGUGUGGUUCCAUCAGAAUUUAGAAAAUAUUGUCAUUUAACACUAUAGUAGUGUGGUAACGGGAUAUGCACAUGUAUAUGUGAAAUGGUGGAUUGCAUCUGAAUGUAGCAUACUAGUCGCUCUGUGGCAGUGUCUGUGAGUCCCAGCAGCUCGCAUGUAGCCGCAGCAGUGAGGUGUCACUGAAUGGAACCAACAGGAUGACAACAUGAAGCAGCUUUUUUCAUCAAGAAAACUAGUUUCAAUACCAACCAACAUUUUAGUAUUAGUAUUAUUAUUUGUUUGCUAAGUACAUUCUUUAUUAUAUGAGCCUCUUUAUUGGAUUGGCAGAACUCGCAAUAUAGUUUAAAAAAAAUACUUUAUUGCUGAUGACGUUCUCUGAUUUAGAGCUAUAACCUCAAUGUUUUCUUUAAAUUAUGAAGGAAAUCCACUUCCUGUAUGUGUUUUUCUUUUCUUUGUUACAAGAAGACAUUAUGAAUGACAACAUGUACUGAAAAAUUAUUCCAAUUAUCUAACUCAUUAAAUCUGGGUUUUAUUUUACUGACAUGUUUCAACCACGUGCAGUUCUACAGCUCAAGGUUCAAAAUGGUAGAAAUAUAGUUCGUUUUUACACAUUAAUCAUUCACCACUGAUUUUAUCACUGAGUGAUAUAUCUGGCUCUUCUUAUUUACUGGAUGAUGGUGAUGGCUCCCAGUAAAGCUUAACAAAUCAAAUGGAUGGAGAGGAAAGUGAUUACAGACGUUUCAAGAGUCUCUGCUUUCUAUAGUUGAAAUGAAACAAAGGAAUAAAUCAGGUUUCUAAACUGA